AGCCGCAGUACGUUCGAUGGGGUCGAAAAAGCGCAUCCUGAAUGAUUCCCGGACCCCUGCGUUUGUCGACGGAAACGUGAGGAGAUAAACGUUAUUCCGGACAGAGUUGGGAUUUCAAAAUGGGAGAUCGUGUGAAUAACUUUCCUCCCCUGCCUCAGUUCUUGAAAAUAAAGCCAUGUUUUUACCAGAACAUCGAGGAGGAAAUCCCUGCACCCCAUCAGCAGUUGGUGCGCAGAGUCUACACGCUUUGGAUGAUGUAUUCAGGCACGCUGUGCAUAAAUGUGAUCUCAUGUAUUGCUUGGUGGGCUGGAGGUGGAAAUGCCACCAACUUUGGCUUCUCUCUGCUCUGGCUCAUCCUCUUCAGCCCUUGCAGUUACACCUGCUGGUUCAGACCACUCUACAAAGCCUUCAGGGCUGACAGUUCGUUCAACUUCAUGGCCUUCUUCUUCAUCUUCUUCCUCCAGUGUGUCUUGGCCCUCAUCCAGACUAUAGGCAUCUCUGGCUGGGGAACAUGCGGCUGGAUUGCAACAGUGAUGUUUUUCAGCCAAAAUGUGGGCUCCGCUAUAGUGAUGCUUAUCACAGCUCUGCUCUUCACUCUGGUGACUGCUUUAAUGGCACUGGUUCUCAUAAAGGUGCACAGAAUGUACCGUGGCGGCGGGGGUAGUUUGGAGCGCGCCCAGGAGGAGUGGAGCACCGGGUUGUGGAAGAGUGCACCCGUGAGGGAAGCAGGGUUUAACGCUGUUGCUCAGACGGCCCAAGGCCCGAGCUUGCCCCAGUACCCUGCCGCAGUGCCGAGCUAUCCCGACAACAGUCACUGGUGAUAGCAGAGAGUGGCCUCUAGGUGGAGACAGAUAGCUGGCCAUUUCUGUGGUGCACAAGAAAGCACUUCAAAGUGCCAUCAUUUCACCCUUAGUGACAAAAUUCAUAGAUGUAUUUUUUGAAUGAGAGGACAGGAUUGCUAUUAAAAGUUUUAUCAAAGAGUUUUGUCACCAAAGCUCAUUAAAGCCCUACCCUUGUACGGCAGGGCUAUCUUCAAAAAUAUACCAUUCCAUUUCAACUUUGUUUACACAUAGUUUAUUCAAAUGAAUGAGAAUGAAAUACAUUUUUAUGCUCACCAGAAAUUUGCAGAGGAAAAUGCAUACAGUCUAGCAAAUAUGCAAUUGGGUACUGAAAAAGAGUCUGGACUGUUUCUGGAUAGCAGUAUGUGAGGGACGUGUGCCUUAUGGACCUUUAUGAUAGCAUUGUUUUGUGUUGGCUGACUGCAUGCUAGAAAUCGUAGUAUGCCGAAGAAGUGUUUUUUCUUUUGCAACAAGAGAAUGUCUGCAAGCUGCACGAUUUUUUUAUCUCUGUGUUAUAUGAAUUCUAGCAGGAGUUCAGUUUAUUUGUGAUACAUUGUGCUUUAUCCACUGUCUCCAUGCUUGCCUGCUUUGGCUGUGAUUUCUUGAAAUGCGCCUUAAUAUUACGUGCAGACUUUGCAUGUGAAAAAUAUCUUGCUUGACUUUCGCCUUAACAAGUGCUGCUUUUUUCUUUGUUAAACUGGACUGGUGCGUAAUCCUCCUCUGUGAUUUCUCACUGAGCAGUGAUGUGCCAAAACACUUGCCUCUUUCCAUUAGUUUGAUACUGAACGAGAGCCACACCCAAACUAGAUGUUGUUUUGUACUCUCAGUAUUUCUCAGUUUCUGUAUUUCCAAAGCUACACUGUUUGCUUUUAGUGGCCGGUGCCUUGCAGUGAAAGCACCUUAUCAGCUGCUGUCAAUGUUCCAGUCACUUUCACUUUCCCCCAGAUAGACUGAAUUUUUGUGUUUAGUGUUUGCACUGUGCUUGCAUGCAGCCUAUCGAAGGAAUGGGACUGAGCCGGAGUCUCUUAUGUCAAAUGAACUGGCCUCAUGUAACCAAUACAGAUAUAAACACAACUAAACUGGCUCAAAAUGACUGCAAAUGGAUCAGCAGUAAAGUGAAAUCUUGCAUGUAAAUGUAGUCACAGUCUCCUUAAAUGCAGUCUGAUAUUCCAAGUGUAAACUCAUUCACUGGCAAACCUUGGUAAAGAAUCUGAUUAAACCCGGUGAUUGUGCAUUUUUGUGUAGGUAGUACAAGAGUUGAAUCUUCUUUUAUCUUUGGCUCAAUGAUCUAGUCACAGCCUAAUUGAAAUGUGAGCACCGACUGGAAGUGAAAGGUGCCUGCUUCAUGGUUUGACAAUUUAUUUUUCUUUUCUUGUUACAAAAGUGUCCUUCAUGGCCAACUGCCAAAAUUAGUAUUUUCAUUUUUUUCUGUUUAUUUGAUAAGUGACAAAAUGAAACCGAUAUGUCAAAGCAACCUUUAAAUAUUGCAACAUUUCAAUAAAUAUUGGUAUUGCCA